AUGCUUCUACAGGAUCCACCUGAAGAUGAAGUUGUUACUUCGUGUGGCCAUGUUUUCUGCUAUCAGUGCGUGUCAGAUUAUUUGACGGGAGAUGACAAUAUGUGUCCUGCACCUGAAUGCAAAGCACAGCUUGGUCCUGAUUCUGUAUUUUCCAAGGCUAUCUUACGGAGUUGUAUUUUUGAUGAGCCAGAUAAAAGUCCCCGGAGCCCAUCUGGAUUUGCUGAGAAGUCUAUUGUUCUUCAGGAUGAGUAUAGUUCUUCUAAAAUCAAAGCUGCUCUUCAAAUUCUCGAGUCACAUUGUAGAUCAAAGGAUCCUAGUCCAGAGCCAUUUAACUUGGUUCGAUGUAAUGGAAACUCUACAUCUUUAGCAAAGGAAUGCUCAGAAUCACAAACUAACGGACCUAUAAAAGCUAUUGUUUUCUCUCAGUGGACUAGCAUGUUGGACCUGCUGGAAAUUUCUUUGAACCAGUCUUGUAAGCAAUUCAGGAGGCUUGAUGGAACAAUGAGUCUGGCUUCUAGGGAUAAGGCUGUCAAAGAAUUCAACUCUGAUCCUGAGGUGACUGUUAUGCUGAUGUCACUAAAAGCUGGGAAUCUUGGUCUAAACAUGGUAGCUGCUUGUCAAGUAAUCCUUUUGGAUCUUUGGUGGAAUCCAACUACUGAAGAUCAGGCCAUUGAUCGAGCUCAUAGAAUUGGACAGACUCGUCCUGUUAUCGUAUCACGCCUCACUAUUAAAAACACAGUUGAAGAUCGGAUUUUAGCUCUCCAGUUCGGAGUGGUCUGUUGUUCAUCUUCCGACAAGCGCUUUUCCCGUAAGCGAGCAAAGGAGAUAGCAGCUAACAUCCUGCAUGGUCGGUAUGCUUUGACUUCUCUUCAAAUUUCUGGUUUUAGUCCUUCCACAAAGGUUCCCACCUACUGUUGUUCUGACGAAUCUCUGGCUUGA